AUGUACGGAGUUUCAAAUUUAACCAUUACAGAAGUCACUGAAGAAUCUAAACUUGUAACGAAAAAUAAUGAUCAAGAAGUUGAUGCUAAUUUAAUAGCUAUAACAGGUUCUGGUAUCCUAGAAAAUCUACAACCAUGUGCGCAUCCUUCAUUUGGUGGAGUUAGCAAGCCAACUGGAACCAAAGUAUCAAAUACAUUUCUUGACAUUAAAGUUGAAAUUCUUUUUGACGAGUUUUUACCGCGUAUAGUGGAACUUGUUGAUUGUAAAAUUGUUGCUUGUAAAUUACUGCAUUCAAUUAUUAUAAUUAUGGUUGGAAAAAGUGCAUUUAAAGCAGGACCACACCAGACUUGGUUUCAAAUUUUGAUCAAAUAUUCAGACUAUUUCUUGGAGAAUUUUGUAAAAGAUAGCGAGAACUUUGUUACUGAUGCUAUGGAUAUUGAUGAUGAGGAAUAUUCUGUCAAAAAUAUAGAUUCUGAUACAAAAAGACUCGCUGAGGUUACAUUUUCCAACAAAGUCAAUUUAUUAAGUAUUGAAUUAGAUAAAUCAGAUCCUACAUAUUAUGUCCAAAUUACUUAUGAAUAUUUGAUUCUCAGAUGUUCUGGACUUUUUUAUGGAUCUAUAAAAUCCGCUAUGGGUUGUCCUUGUGCUCUUUCUCUUAGUAAAUAUAAUGGUGCUAUUAAUCAAUGGCUUCUUAGUGAUAUAAUUGGAUUCUCUAGCAAUAACUCAGAUUUGAAUCAUUAA